UCAUCCGGCUAAAGGUGGACUGCUUUGUGCCUCUCCAACUCUAAUUUUCCUGCCACCGUCAGAGUGCCAGCCUGCUGAAUUUUUCUUGCUCUCUGCGAAGGAACUGUACAUUUUUUUUUAUUUUCCUCCCAACAUGUCGAUCAGUCGGAAAAACUGGUCCGCUCUGUCCAGCCUAGCCCGUCAGUGGACAAUGGAGGAUGAGGAGGAGGCAGAGAGGGAGAAGAGGAGGAGGGUGAAGAGCAGCAGCACUGCCGACCAAGAUGGGGACUCCAGCCCCGCACCAAGGACACCAUCAACAAGUGGUGGCUCCACUGGGACUGAAUCUUCCAGUGAGACAUCUCAAGGCCUCAGCAGUGUUGAGCAGAUGCAGCUGGACUUUGUGGAGAUGCUGCGAGCACGCGAUGAAAAAAGGAGAAUGAGACAAGUUGAGGUAUUGAGACAGCAGAAAGAGGAAGAGGAGGGCAAUUCAAAUCCAAGCAGUGAAGGAGAGGCCAGGGUGGUGCUUCUUGGGGAGUUGGACGUGGAGAAGGGCAGUGUGUUCAAGCCGCAACCACCAGCUAAACCAUCUUCUUACAGUCUAACCAGCGGAGGCAACAGCAAUGCCAGAACCAACAGUACAAAAACAAAACAUGGAAAUGGAGAGUCAUCAAGCAGAGACCCUACACCAGAACCCAAACCAGCCUCAACCUCAGCUCGCAAGUUUGUCAGCUCUAUGUCCAUUUCUUUCGACAAGACUCCAUCAGGUCGCACAACUCCUAUGAGCCCUUGCUCUCCGUCAGCCCCCUUGUCCCCCCAGGAUCCCUUUCCCUCACCUUGCCAGAGUACAUCCUCUCAUGGAUCUCAAAGCCCUGUCCAGAAUGGACACGCACAGGAGACCAGUUCAAACGGCUCCUCCACCACUGGAGACUUUAAACAGGCGGCGGCCAAACCUGCCUUCGUCAGACAGAGCUCCAGGACCAUAUCUUUCAGGAUGAUGAAAAAGAAGGAAGAGGAGAGCACGCCCCUCCAGAGGAGCGCAAGUGUCCGGAUGGCCUCCAAGAAGUUUGAAACAAAAACAGACCAAAAUGAAGAUGAGGACAAAGGAUCUUUACAGAGAAACUCUAGGCACAGGAUCUCAUCCAGAUCCAUCAAGGAGAAGAUGGAGCAGCUUGCUCAAGCAGCACAGAAAUCUGAAGUGUCACGCUCACCGGAUGUGACCCAGAGGACCCUGUUCCUGCUGGAAGAGGUCUCAAGGAAAAGAGGCCUGUUUGAGAAGGACCACACGGCACAGAGUCCCACCAGCCCUGGAGUUUCCAGAAGUGAAUUUAGGAGUUUCACAUCGGGGAUGUCAGAUCGGAUCAACACCUGGCUCAAUAAGACCAACCAAGCAGGGUCUCCACUGAGUCUUGACCUGAGACAUGUGGACAUCAGCAGCAAGAGGAGCCUCUUUGAGAACACAGGGGAGGAAAGUUUCUCAAAAGUCAGCCCUGAAAAAACCCAUAAGUGAAAGGUGAGGCAAAGUUCUGGAUAUUUACCGGACCCCAUGGCUGACUUUUGCUUCUUUAUUUUCUUUUAUUUUCUUUUCUUUUAUUUUAUUUUCUACUGAUGCACACAAGAGGGAAAGAAAGGAAAGAACAUUAAAAAAGUAUACUUCUUUUCGACUACUUAGGCUUCUAUCUUACACUUUUGCAUUGCCUAUUUGCGUAUGAAUUGUUUUGCAUAAUAAAGAAAUAUGCUUGACUGAUGUUUAAUAAGUAAAGACAUACAUUAAAAGCAAAAUGAUGUGGUAAGUGAGAGCAGCGCCACUUGUUGACAUUCUUCAGCUGUUUGCCUUACUUUUAUUUCAUUUUUCAAGCACUUUAAACUAGGCUAAUGAUGUUUAUUGAAUGCCAGAGUUGUAAUUUAAAGAGUUUUGUCUUAUCUUAUAUUUGGAUUUGUGGACCAUUUCUGCCUGUCUGAGAAAUAAAAAAUUUUCCUAAAACAAA